AUGUCUGAUUUAGAUAAAGGUCUAAUUAAUUUAGUAAAUUAAGGGUUUAUUCCUAAAGAUUUGGAUUUAAAUUCAAUAUUUAACUAAGGUACACCAGUUUUAUCAGCUUCAAGAAAAUAGUAAAAUUUUAUAAAUAAAAAAUUAUAUUCAUUAAAAUUUUAAAGAUAGUUUCCUUUUUAAAAUAAAAUAUUUCACGAUAAUAUUGAUAUAAAUACCGAUAUAUCACAUAAAUAUAAAUUAGAUUAAGAUAAUAGUAAUAGAUUUUUGCCAGUAAAUACAAGCAAUAAUAAUUUAUUUAUAACUUCAACAUCGACUGUAUUCAAAAGAACAUAAUCAAACAAAAGGUUUUUUAAAGGAAAACAAUUUCAGAAUAAAAAUUAGGAAGAUAUUAAUAUAAAUUAAAUAUCAAAAGCACCAAUAAAAAUUGAGCAAACCGAAAUUUUUAAAAAAAUGCGUUUCUUCGUUAUAAAAAAUGGGUAAAUAUAAAAAGCUAAUGAUGAUUUUAAAGAAAUUAAAAACGAAAAUUAUUAAAUUUGGGGUUCAAUAAAUGGACUUAUUAAGAAAUUUGAAAAUUUAGCGAUCAAAUAUUAAAUUAAGUUAUUACAUAUAGACACUCUAAAGUUAAUAAAAUUAAUUGAUGAUUUAAAUAGGAUAAGAUUAAAUGAUUUAAUUUCUUGUAUUCCUAAUUAAGAAAUGGUCAAAAAAGUAAUUCCAGCAGAAGAUAUUGGAUGUUUUAAAGGAAAAGCUUGGGCAACAAUUAAAAUAAUUUGUAGUUUUAGAAUGAGAUAAGCAAUAAGAGAUUUAUAAAAAAUGAAAUUAAAAUAAUAUAAUGAAUAAGAGAAAAAAUAGAAAAUCUUUGUUUGGUUAAAUUUUAAAUUAAAACAAAGAUAAUUAAAAUAAAGAUUCUAAGCUAAAAUAAAAUAUUAUGAAGAUAAUAUACAAAAAGAUUUCAAAAAAAAUUUUAAAUAAAUAUUUUCAAAUAAAAGAAUAGAAAUUCAUUUAAAUAGUUUAUCAAUAUCUUAAUUUUAGAAAAUGACAAUGGAAAAUUAUAAACAAAAAUAAAAUUUAUAAAUUUCAAGAAUAUUUGCAAUUAAAGAUCCGAAUGUCGAAAUCAUAUAUAUUUCUCCUUAUUAAAUUUAAUAAGAAAUAAUAAAUUAUUAUUUUAAAAUUUUAGAACUUGGAGAAUGCAUUGAUUUUAAAGAUAAAAUUCAUUUUAUAUAUCCCGAAAAUUUAAAUAUAUAUCCUGAAACAUUUUCUACUUCAAAACUUAUUUUUUAUUGUCCAAAAGCUUUAAAUAAGAUAAAACAAAUAAUAUAAGGAAAACAAGCUAUUUUAAUACCUGGUAAACCAUCUUAAGAAGAUAUAUAACUAGGAAUAUUUUUUCAAAUUCCAAUAUUUAGUGGUCCUUUUGAAUUAAUAGACUAAUAUAGCAAAAAAAGUCAAGCAAAAAUUCUUUUUGAUGAAUGCUAAUUUCCUUCAGCCCCAGGUGCUGAUAAUAUAAAAUCUGAAAGCGAUCUAUUCGAUAAACUAACGAUCUUAAUAUCUAAAUACUCUAAUGUAAACAUAUGGCUUUUUAAAAUAGAUAAUGAAAUAAAUGGGAGAGGAAUUGCUUUUUUUAACUUAGAAACAAUAAGAGCUUUAACCGAAAUAAGAAAAUAAAAAACUGAGCUUGAAGAAAAACAUGUAUUAAAAAUUAGAGAAAUUAUAGAAUCUUUAUUACCUUUUAAAAUUUAAAUUUCUAUGCCAACAUUAUUUUAAACAUAUUAGGAAUUUUUAAAUUGUUUUUUAAUAAAUAAUGGUAUCAUAGAAGCCUGUCCAUUAGCCUUAUAAUAAGAAAUAUAUUCUUCUUCAAUUUUAUUUAAAUUAAAUCCAGAUAGCUCCACUACAGUAAUGUCUUCAUAUGAUAAACUGUAUGGGUCUGAAUAUGUCAAUUUUGGUUGCAAUUUUCCCCAAACAUCACUUCCUUAACUAAACAUAAAACAUUUAUGUAACACAAUAGGAAAUGCCUUACAUAAUAAAGGUAUAUAUGGUUAUAUUACAAUAAAUUUAAUAGCAUUUCCAGAUCCUACUAAUAAACUAGGCCACCCUCUAUUUUGGAUUAUAGGCUUGGAUUGCUAUUUAAAUGAUUAUAGUGCUAUUUUUUUUAUAUUUGAUUUCCUAAUAUAGGGAAAAUUCGAUAGAAAUAACGGGAAAUAUUUUCUUAGCGAUUAAAAUGAAAAUUAAGAAAAUUCAAACAUUAUUGAUGAAUUUGAAGAACGUACAUUCAUGUAUAUCCCUUAUAUUUUCCAUUAAAAUUUAAAAAGUAUUUCAUUUAAAGAAAUGUUCAAUUUAUGUAGAAAAAAUGGUAUUUCAUAUGAUGUAGAGAAAAAAGUGGGAUCUGUAUUUUUGCUUGUGGACGAAAUCGAAAAAGGAAUUGUUAGUUUAAUAACUAUUAGUGAAAAUCAAAAAAAAAAUAUGAAAUAAAUAACAGAAGCUGUUAAUUUAAUUUUAUAAAUUGGUACUAGUAAUCUUUAAAAGGAAACUAUUUUAAAAGAUGAUAAUAAGAGGGUAGAUUAGUUAUUUUUAAUUAAUAUUGCAAGUAAAGUUAGGUAAAUUAAUAAGGCCUACGAAACUUAGUUACUUCAAGGAAAUUAAAAUAUUAAUAAUUAGUUUAUUUUAGAUGAGAAAAUUAAAAACUGA